UGUAAGACCGAGAGCUUCUCUGUGACUUACAGGAUGAAUACCCUACAGGUUAUUUUUCUCUUGGCUGCAGGCCUCUCUGUCACCCACUCACUGGACUACAGGGCUCUGACUCAGUUCAGGAGGAUGAUCCUGUGUGUGAUGCCUGAUAGCUGGCCUUUUUUCGACUACGCUGACUACGGCUGCUUCUGUGGAAAGGGAGGCUCCGGCACACCUGUGGAUGAUGUGGAUAGGUGCUGCCAAGUGCACGAUCUGUGUUACAGCGGAGCAAUGCAACACCCUGAGUGCUGGUUCAUCAUCAAUAACCCGUACACCCAGUUCUACAGCUACAGCUGCGACGAGCCAAACAAUAAGGUCUCCUGCGACAGUGACAACAACGCUUGUGAGAUGUUCAUCUGCGAGUGCGACAGGAAGGCCGCAGAGUGUUUUGGCGUAUCGCCUUGGAACCCUGAGCAUGAGCACCUGCCCAGCGACCGCUGUCACUGAACAGUAACAGUAAUUGUGUAUGUAAUUGUAAGGAUAUCCUGAAAAUAAAGACACAUUCAUCUGGAUCUCA